AUGUCGUCCUCCACCCCUAUUGUGCAAUUAGAGGAAAUUGACCUCUCUUUAUUUGAUGAAGGCCCAGAGGUCCGCCAGGCCCUUGCUGAGCGUCUUGAAAAAGCCCUUACAGACCACGGUUUUUUCCAGCUUGUGAAUCACGGGCUCGUGACCGAUCAUCUAUCCUCAAUUGGCCGUCAGGUCUUUGAAGAGCCAGAUGAAGUGAAAGCUAAGCACAUUGCCGGCCAGAAUGAUCUACCAGAAGAGAGCUAUAAGCAAUUGGGUGUUGUUAGAGGGAGCGGUUACAAGCCAAGAGGUUACUGGACUUACAUAAAUGACCAGAAGGAUAGAGUUGAAUUUUUCAACCUGCGCCACUUCGCACACCCAGAAUAUGUCAAGGCCGCCAGCUAUCCUCCUUCCGUUGAGAAAAACUUGCCUGAGAUCACCUCUUAUUUUAAUGAGCUUCAUAACAACGUUUUACGCAAAUUGCUCUCGUUGAUUGACAUCAUUCUGGAGCUUCCUGACGGAACGCUUUACAACAACCACUUUAGGGUGGUCGAAAAUAACAUUAAGGAGUCUGCCACUGGUUACGGUAGAUUCUUGUUAUACCACGAGGCUGAUGAUUCGUAUAAUUCGAAGACAGGAAACACGCUGCUUCGAGGCCACACAGAUGCUAGUGCACUAACAUUCAUCCUAUCCGAUCCUGUUCAGGCACUCCAGAUCAGGCUCCCAGAUACUGAAAACACUUGGGGAUUUGUUAAGCACAAACAAGGCGCCCUAGUCGUGAACGUUGGAGACGCGCUUCAGUUUUGGACCGGUGAUUACUUCAGAUCCAGUGUCCACAGAGUUGCCUCGCCCCCUAACCACCAAAAGCGGUCCAGCACGAUUUAUUUCUGCACCCCAACUUCUGCGACAUAUUUGGACCCUGAUUCCUUGAAUUCUCCAAAACUUAAGCGUUUGGGAAUUUAUGCCGACAACAGUUUGCAGCGCAUAACUCAAGGCGAGUGGGAUAUUGCAAAAGGCGCGUUUUUCAACAACACAAGCUCGAACCAAACAAAGGGUAUCACAAUUUUGGGCAGAAAGUCCCUUGGAUCCCUUAUUGGCGAAACUGUCGAUGCCUAA